CAGUGAAGUUGGACCGUAGACUAAAAGCAACAUGGCGGCCUAGGCAAACCACGCGUGUUUGUUGACAUCUGUUCAAUACUCAGUUUGAACAUCUAAGUGAUCGAUUACCAAUCAGGGAAGUUAUGUCGCGACUCAUUGUCAAAAAUCUUCCCAAUGGGAUGAAAGAAGAGAGAUUCCGUACGAUGUUUGCUGCUUUUGGCACGCUCACAGACUGUACUCUGAAGUUUACAAAAGACGGGAAGUUCCGAAAGUUCGGCUUUGUGGGUUUCAAAUCCGAGGAAGACGCGAACAAAGCGUUAAAACACUUCCACAAAAGCUUCGUGGACACGUCUAGAGUAACGGUGGAAAUGUGUAAGUCGUUUGGAGAUCCCACAAAACCAAAGGCGUGGAGCAAGCACACCCACGACUCUAGCUCCAACAAAACGACAGUGACCACAAAAAAUGAUGUAAAGGUGAACAAAAAGGAAAAGAAAAAAAACAAAACUGUAAAUACACUUGAAAAUAUGAAUGAGGAUCAGGGUUUCAAGGAGUUUCUGUCAGUGCAUCAAAACCGGAGUCAAGCACCAACUUGGGCAAAUGAUACUGCACAACAACAAACAGAGACUAGCACAAAGUCAGAGUCAAAAAACAAGAAGAAACCUGAUAUGGAUGAUUAUCUCAACUUUGACUCAGAUGAAACCGAGGAUGAGUAUGAAGAGGAGGAAGUGCAGUUAAGUGAGGAUAAAGGUGGCGAUAAAGAAGCUCUUAAAUCUGGUUUGUCAGACAUGGAGUAUCUGCGUUCAAAAGUGUCAAACAUAAAAGACAUAAUGGAGGAGAAGGAAAAUGAUGAUGAUCAAGACAAAAACACUUUUGGUAUCAAUGACAGUGCAUAUGAAAGUAGUGACAGAGAAAAUGUGUCAGAGGCCAAAACUGAUGUUCAUGCAAAGACUCAGAAACAAGGCAAGAGCAAGAAGGCUUCCAAGAGUGAAAUGGAGCCUGCCACAGAGUUCACCGUGAAACUUAGAGGAGUCCCUUUUAAUGUCAAAGAGCAACAAAUUUGCGAGUUUAUGACUCCACUGAAGCCAGUAGCCAUUAGAAUUGGAAAGAAUGAAAGUGGCAACAGAACAGGUUAUGUGUACAUUGAUUUACACUCUGAAGAAGAGGUGCAAAAAGCUUUAAAAAGGAACAAGGAUUAUAUAGGUGGAAGAUAUAUUGAAGUCUUCAGUGUGGACGCCUCUGGUAAUAAGCGGAAAACACAACAUAAAGAAAUUGACAGAAACUUUUCCAGGAAGCUCAAGGAGGAUGAAGAGGAGGAAGAUGUGUCCGAAUCAGGGCGUCUUUUUGUCAGAAAUCUUUCUUACACCUGCACAGAAGAAGAGAUCAAAGAGCUUUUCACCAAAUUUGGCCCGUUGUCUGAAGUGCUGUUUCCCAUUGACACACUGACCAAGAGGCCAAAGGGAUUUGCUUUUGUAACCUACAUGAUCCCAGAAAAUGCUGUCACCGCUAUGGCUCAGUUAGAUGGGCAUAUAUUUCAGGGUAGAAUGCUUCAUGUGUUACCUUCAACAAUUAAAAAAGAAAAGGCAGAGUCAGAUGGAGGCCCUGGUUCUUCAGCUUAUAAAAAGCAAAAAGAUGCUAAAAACAAGGCUUUGAGUGCCAGUUCUCAUAACUGGAACACCUUGUUUCUGGGAACAAGUGCUGUGGCUGAUGCAAUUGCAGAAAAGUACAAUACUACAAAAAGCCAAGUUUUUGAUCAUGAAACAAAAGGAAGUGUUGCAGUGAGAAUGGCUUUGGGGGAAACCCAAAUUGUGCAGGAAACUCGACAGUUUUUACUGGAUAAUAAUGUCUGUCUUGACUCCUUUAGUCAGGCUGCUGCUCCAAGAAGUACAUCUGUGAUUCUUGUAAAAAAUCUUCCUGCUGGUGUGAAUGUGUCUGAGUUGGAGGAGCUUUUCUCUCUUUAUGGCUCUUUGAGCAGAGUGCUGCUGCCACCAUCGGGACUAACCGCUAUCAUUGAGUUUUUAGAACCCACUGAAGCAAAACGAGCCUUUACUAAACUUGCCUAUAGUAAGUUUCAUCACGUUCCUCUUUAUUUGGAAUGGGCACCAGUAGGAGUGUUUCUGGCCAAACCAGAACCUGAAAAAGAAAAAGAGGAAGAGAAAAAAAUGACCAUGGAAGAAGAGGAGGAGGAUGAAGAAGAAAGUGUUUCUGGUUCCACACUUUUUAUUAAGAAUCUUAAUUUUAAUACUACAGAGGAGACACUACAAGAGAGAUUUUCUAAGUGUGGAAAGAUUAUUUCCUGUACAAUUUCAAAGAAGAAGGACAAAACCGGAAAGCUGUUGUCAAUGGGUUAUGGAUUUGUACAAUAUCAAACAGCUGACGCAGCACAAAAGGCCAUAAGGCAGCUCCAGCACUGCAAUAUUGAUGAUCACCAGUUGGAAUUAAAGAUUUCAGAGAGAGCUACUAGGUUAGAUGAAGUGACUCACAAGAAAAAACAAAAGGAGAAAAAGCAAACUGGAUCCAAAAUACUGGUGCGCAAUGUGCCCUUUCAAGCCUCUGUGAAGGAAAUCCGUGAACUUUUCUGUACAUUUGGAGAAUUGAAGACCGUACGCCUUCCCAGAAAAGCCACUGGUGCAGGAAAUCAUCGAGGAUUUGGUUUUGUUGACUUCAUUACAAAACAGGAUGCGAAGAAAGCGUUUGCUGCACUGUGUCAUAGCACACAUCUUUACGGGAGGCGUCUUGUACUUGAGUGGGCUGAUGCUGAAGAUACAGUGGAGACACUGAGACGAAAAACUGCAGAGCAUUUUCAUGUGCCAUCAAAAAAGCAACGGAAAUCUGAAGUACUGGAAGGAAUUUUGGAAACCAUGGAAACGGAUAAUGUGACAGAAGAUAAUUUAUAAAAGUCAUCAUUUCAAGAGACUUAUUUAUACAAAUGAUCCAAGAGAUGAACGUAAUAUUAAAUUGACUUAUCUGUAUUGUUAAUGUGUUUUUAUUUUGGAAGACUUAUGUAACUCACGCUGUAAUGUUUAUAAAACGUUGAAUGAUA